CGGCGACCGUGAGCUGAAGCGGACCUGCUAUCAAUCUCAUACCGAACCAACCUUCUUCCCUCAUUGCGACUCACGACUCACUGGGGACAUGUCUCUCGCGAAACUGACCUCGGUGUCAACCCAAACGCUGUCCCUCCUGCUCGAGCGACAGCGGCAACAGACGCUGCCGUCCUUCGUCUCCGGCGCGCCGAACAGCGAGCAGUACACGCGCAAUGCGGAGCAGAUUAACCGGAACCUGGCGCAGCUGCGCGAUGGCAUCCGCGCGCUCGAGGCGAAGGACGGGCGCACGGAGGCGGUCUCGCUGCUCCGGAAUCAGUACGAGCGCAUGCGCGGGAUGCUCGGGGAGGAUAGCCAGGUGGAGAGCUUGGACCCCCCAGAAGCACAACGAACGCCGUCCCCCACCGCCUCCCUCAUCCCCCAAGUGCCAAGUCGCUCCCCAGAGCCCAUGACGCCCUACACGGACGACCCCGACGCGAAUGAGGACCCUAGUAUCCUUCUACAAACGCAGCAACGGAUGAUGAACACCCAGGACGAGCACCUCGACCGCCUCUCGCACUCGAUCAACCGGCAGCGGGACCUCUCAAUCCAGAUCAACGACGAGCUCGACGUGCACCACGGGCUUCUGUCGGAGCUCGACACGGACAUUGACCGCACGCAUGACCGUAUGAGCGGUGCGAGGAGGAGGUUAGACCGUUUUGCGAAGGGCGCGAAGAAUAAUGGAUCUACCGUCAUUAUUGCCGCCCUCAUCUUGAUACUGCUCAUCCUCAUCAUCAUCUUCAAGACAUGACACGACACGACAUGACAUUCUGCUACUUACCCACUGACGAAGGACCGCAUAUACCUAUCGGACCGCCAUUCUCCCGCCUUUCGAGUCUUUCGGGCUCUCACUGGGGGUUUCCUGGGCUCUUUCCGCGCGAGCUUGUUCUCUUGCUUGCCCUCCGGGAGCAGACCAGGGUUUGCGACGGUGGCCCGCGGGGAUUCAUCCGUCUCCCUUCGAACACAUAUAUCUUCCCCCUCGGCGCAUAUCAUUUGGUCCGGAUAUAGGUUUAUGGCUGUAAUUUAUGUAGCAUAUCAUCUCGCGAGCUACGAUUCUGGAUUCAUGGAUAACGG